UUGUAUCAGAAUUGAAUUAUUUCCUGUUUUUGGCCUAUAUUAUAAACAAAGUAGCCCUGCACUGCUUUUGCCGGUGUCUUUGCAUGUUUGAAGGUCUAAAUUUCUUCAAACCAUUAAUGCAUAUCCUUCCUAAGUGGUGCUUCAAAGUUUGCAAACGGAAUGCACAUUCCCAUCAUAUCCCUGAAAGUUUGAGAUCAAAAGUCUCAACAGGGAGCAGGGACCACAAAUGUUGGACAGCCGUGUAUGUUCUUCUAACAACAAUGACCAAACUGGAUGACAUAACUUGCGCCACACUUGUAGCCCUCUCCUGCCAAGCAGUCUGGAUGCCUGCGCUCUAAGCUGCGGAGUAGAAAUGGUUAACCAAAGAUGCAAGAACUGCACGAGUCUGUCUGGGCAUGUGCCGCUGGUGCCGCCGCUGCUGCAGUGAAGUAAAGUGUGCGGAUCUCCAUAGGCGAUUAGAGACACCGUGGAGGAGAAGCCGGGGGGGAGACAGAGGACAAGCAGCAGACUUGACGCCGAGUCAUCCGGGACAAACUCACCGAGGGAUGUGUCGGAUCCGCCGGCCUCUGCGCUGUGGGAGACACCGCAGAGCUCAGUCUGAAGAUCUGCAUCAUCUCAUUGUAGACAGAAAGGCCGUGUGAAAACCAGAGGAAUGAUGGUGACCUUGGAAACCUCAGAGGCACCUGUUCCUCUAACAGCGCUCUCACGCUGGUACCUUUACGCCAUCCAUGGCUACUUCUGCGAAGUAAUGUUCACCGCAGCCUGGGAGUUUGUGGUCAACUGCAACUGGAAGUUCCCUGGUGUGACCAGUGUGUGGGCGCUCUUCAUCUACGGCACCUGCAUCCUCAUUGUGGAGUGGAUGUACCUGAAGCUGCGUGGCCGCUGCCCGGUGUUGUUGCGCUGCAUCAUCUACACUUUAUGGACGUACCUGUGGGAGUUUGGCACGGGGCUGCUUCUACGCCAGUUCAACGCCUGCCCCUGGGACUACUCAGAGUUCCGCUACAACUUCAUGGGAUUGAUCACGGCCGAGUACGCUGUGCCGUGGUUCUGUGCCUCCUUCAUUGUGGAGCGCUUGGUCAUCCAUAAUACCUUAAGGCUGCGUUUCCAUGAAGGGCCUGAAGAUGGUUGGUCCAACCAUCGGUCAGGUGCUGAAGGUGCCGAAGGAACUUUAGGGGGUGGGAGGCAAAGAGAAAGGAGCAGAGGGAUGGGUGGUAAUGCAAAUGGAUACCUAAAAGGGGAAUGAGCAAAGAAGCUAGCACUAACAGAUCAUCUUAAACCAGCUCAGUUGUUCUGUUACACCUCCUUGACCCUCCUCAGCGACUAUUCAUAUAACAGUCUUCCCCCCUUAAUGAUAUGGGGUAAAGACAGACAGCUGUGAAGACUGGGUUGUUGUGCACAGGAGUAAAGAGUCUCAGAUCAGCCAGAAAAGGAAAAAAGUCUAACUGGGGCUUAAAAUGUUCAAAUCACUUCUGGGUCCUGAGCUGUUAAAAUGUGGGCCCAGUAACUCCAUACUGCUGUUUUUGCUGCAUUUCUAAACCCUCUCAUUUUUGUGUGGGAUUGUUGUUAUGAAGUCCAGGGUCUUAAAUGACCAGGAUUAAAGUUUUAAUCCCUUAUGUCCUGUCACAUAGAUUUCAGAUAACCACAAUAAAAAUAAACCUACUGUUACAGCAAUUAGUACUAUUGUACUAAGGGACUUGUUUAGUAUGUCUGCUGAGUUCAAGCUUCAGAAAAAUUCCCACAUAAAGUAGCUUCAGUUGUUAAUUGUCCCUUAUGAAAUGUAUAUGAAAUAUCCAAUAAAAUUCACAGUACUGUAUUAAUGUAGCUACAAAACCUCUUCAAAGUUCCAGUGUGUAACAUUUAUGGCAGUCUGUUGGCUGAAAUUCCCUCAUUUAAUUGGGAUUAAGGUUUGAAUCCCUCAUGUCCUGUCACAUAGAUUUCAGAGAAUUAUGGAUUAACUUUUAAGAAUUUACAUUAGUGUGAAAUGAAAAUAAUUGUCUUUACAUUAUAAGCAUAUCCAAGACCACUGUUCCAUCCCUCCAACAUGUUACACUAUGCUACUACAGUAACCCAGAGGGGGCAAACCAAACCCAAGUUGAGUCAAGUUGAAUUACAAUCAUUAUGUUUUAUAUGCAAUUUGAAGUUACACUUUUGAAUAAACCUAUGGAAAUGGGGGAGGGCGAUCCUAAAUUUGGUUAUAUUUUGCACUUUGAUCCUGUAGGUGUUUUCAACAUUCUGCACACUGGACCUUUAAGAAUGUACCGUCUACUUAGAAGCAAAGCGCCAAGUGUCAACUUACAUCAUGAAAAAUUGUUUUCUGCACUUUGUGAAAACCCACAAUGCCUGGACUAAAUGCAUGAAAAGAAACUGUCUUCCAGUAUACCUUUUUUAAAUUUUCUUUAAUUUUUUUUUUAUGAAGCUCAUUUAACGGCCAAUAAUGUAUGCCUCUGGAGUCAGUCUGCUGCAUGUUUAAAGAGAAUGACAGGAGCUCAGGAUGUUGGGUUGGUUUGAUGGUGAUCGAGAUGUACUCAUGGUUUCUUUUCCCCUCCUAAUAGCAUGUCAAAGUGUCCUUGAGCCAGACUUUGGAUCCCAAACCACUGCUGGUGAGCAGGCCACGGCCUUGCAUGGGAGCUUCUCCAACAUUAGUGUAUGAAUGGUAGUGAGUGUGUUUGUGUAUGAAGUCUAGUCCAUUCAACAUAUCUGCUGGGAUUCCUUUCUGUUGAAGACAUAACCAUCAGCAUGAAGCCUCAUGACAAUUUCCUUUUUUGGGGGGGUAUAUUUUUAAAAAAAAAACAUUGUCAUGACUCUGCAUGUGCAUUUUGUGUGCUUGGAUAUUGUCUCAGUUAUGUCAGAAACAAAUAAGCAUAAUUAAGUCUCAUAACUCGCUGGAAGUUAUUGUUCAUAGCAUCCCUGCAAAAUCUGUAUUCCAUUUGUUUAUUUACAAAUCGUCAUCACUUUGUUUUGUUUGAGGGAUAUGUUAAGGCUGAGGAAAAAAAUCUGACAAAUAUUAGAGAUAAUUUGUUGGAGAAUCCCUUAUUUCAGCCUAAAUGGCUUUGCUGCUCAUUUGUUUCCUCCUUUAUUAGGAAUUAUGGGUGAUUUGCAUUCCAUUGAGAGCAUUGACCUCUACUGGACAUGGGCAUGUAAAACAGACUGAAAACGUAGCGUGAUGGGAAAUAAAAUGGAGUGAAAUGCUAAAAAACAAACAAAAAAACCAUCAAACAAGGAAAAAAAAAAAAAAAAAAAAAUCAAAACUAAGAUUUUUGACAGGAUUCAUCUCCCGCAUGGUAGGAUCUAGACUUUUUAAAACUUGUAACACACAGAAUAUCGCUUGCUUCCUGUGGUGUUGUGGAUCCCAAGAUUUCUGCUGUGGAAGUAGAAAUUAUAAGUCAAAGACUAUGUACUGUAUUUUUAGAUGCCGCCUUAGAAAAAAAAAAACAAACAAAAACAAACAAACAAAAAAACAGCCUGAGUCAUUGGCUGUGGUGCUCUGGUACAAAACACAACAUUUAAGUAUAUUCACUGAAUGCAACAUACCAGAGGACUGGGAGCACACAUGAGUAAAAAUAUAAUCCCUGAAAAGUUAUUGUUGAUGCAACACAGCAUUUAGUGCUGACUAUAGAUGUUUUAAGACAAGAAAAUAGACCCCACAGAUCCAUGCUGGACUCAGCAGAUGGUGUGACCUUCACUACUGUGGAUGCAAGGAAAUGAAGUAUUUUUACCCCACUCACUCCUUACAGGUUCAGAGUGUGGAUUGCAGAAAACUGUUUAACAGAUGAAGCGCUGCCACCUAGUGGAUACUUUAUAAACUGAACUUUAAUCAAGAAGAAUGAAGAAAAUGAACUGAUCAUCUGCGCACUAAUUUCUGAAGAUCAAAACAACAAAGCUGUGUUUUGCCUUGUCACAUUUUCAUUUAAUUUUGUUUUGUAUACAUAUUAUUUUGCUUAAAAGCAAUACAAUAGAGACAAUGAGUUUCCUUUUUUCCUUUGAAAAUUUUCACCACUAUUUCAACUAUAAUCAGGAUUAAACAAAUCAUAUGAACAUGCAAAUCCAACUGUAUUCUCUGCAAUAUGUGCUUGAAGGAGCAUUGGUGAGUGUGAAAGUGUAUGUGCAUGUUCAGUAUGUUAAUGCUGAGUUAAUUCUGGUUUUAUUUUUCAUUUUUUACCUAAAGUUUUUUUUUAACCUUUGAUUGUGCAUGUCCAAAAAAGUUGUGCUCCUACUGAUUUUUAGCCCUCGUGUACUGCAAUGAUUGCUUUUUGAUUUAAAAUGAAUGUACUGUGUAUCGCUCACUUUAAUUAUUUUGAUGGAUGAUUUAUCGGUCUUUGGAAUUAAAUGUGUUUACUUGAUUGUAAAUGACUGAUCUGUGUGUGGUGUGCAUGUGUGCGUGUGUGUGUGUUUGAAUGCCUUUUAUUUCAGUUAGCAGACAAAAUGUACACAUUAUACUCAGAUAUUAAAAAAUAACCCAGAAA